AUGACGGCAGUGGUCCGAAGAAUGGCUGCUUUUGCAUUUGCUUCUGCCUCAGGUCUACUUCAGACUCAUCCCCUAAGAAGAGGUACUCUGAACAACUUCUUGCACUGUUCCUCUGUCUUAAGCUGUCGGAGAUCGUCUUUUUCCGAUGUUAGAGACCGCAAUAUGUCAUACAGAGAUAGAUUGAGAUGUGGCGUUCAUGACUGUCAUGCCGAGUAUGCUGUUGAUUUGUUCGAUCAGAUGGUUCAGUCUCGUCCCGUACCUUCCAUCGUCGAUUUUACUAAACUAUUGAGUGCAAUCAUGAAGAUGAAACGGUAUGAUGUUGUCAUUUCCCUCUGCAAGAAAAUGGAAUUGCUUGGGGUUUCACAUGAUAUCUACUCUUUGAAUGUUCUCAUCAACUGUUUCUCCCACUCUCCUCAAGUGUUUUUGGGUUUAUCUGUCGUGGGCAAAAUCUUGAAACUCGGUUACAAGCCUAAUGUAGUCACCUACAAUAUCUUAGCUCAUGGUUUCUGUAUCCACGGCAAGAUUUCAGCGGCCUUAAGCUUGGUUGACCAAAUGGUGGAAGAGGGAUACAAACCUAAUGUCGUAACAUUUAGUACUUUGAUCAACGGAUUUUGCAUUGAGGGUAGAGUUUCUGAAGCAUUGAGUUUACUUGAUCAGAUGCUAAAGAUGGACUGUGAGCCCAAUGUAGUUACAUUUGCCAUUGUUAUAAACGGGGCCUGUAAGGCAAGAGAUUAUGCGUUGGCCAUGAAUCUACUCGAGAAGAUGGAGGAAAUGCAUAUUGAGAUCGAUAUUGUAAUUUAUAAUACGAUCAUCGACUAUCUUUGCAAAGCCGGACACGUGGAGGGUGCACUGAACCUUUUCGGAAAGAUGGAUAGUUGUGGGAUUGUACCUGAUGUAGUAACUUUUAGUUCUAUGAUAAAUGGUUACUGCAAGGCUAAUAGGGUCGAUCAGGGUCUUAAUCUCUUUUAUGAGAUGUCUCGAAGAGGAUUGGUUGCUGAUGCGAUUACAUACAACAUCCUCAUCCAAGGGUUUUACAGAGUAGGCAACCUUGGUGCUGCCCAAAAGUUUUUUAUGGAGAUGCAGUAUAAGGGUCAUCGUCCUGAUCUUGUGACUUACAUCAUUUUGCUUGAUGGACUCUGUAAGAAUGGAAAAACGGACAAGGCACUUUGCCUUUAUAAUAAGUUGGGUAAGAGUGUGAUUGACCUCGAUAUACCUCUCCAUAGUUGCAUGAUGCAUGUUACUGAGAUAUCAGCCUCCAAGACCGAGAAGAAGCAAAAUGGAUGGGACAGAGCCAAACGUAUGGACAAGCUGAUCGAACAGGCAAGAGCCAUGAUCCUUGGGUGUUCCAAGUGUUUUGGUGUAAGAACACUGUUGCCCCUGGAGCUUCGAUCCACUCUGAAGCAUGAUUUCAGAUGCCUUUUCAUGACAAAUCAUUCCCCUCUUGUUGGAAAAAAAAUCAAAGGUGAGAAAGCCUGUGGUUUGUGUCUCAUUUGUUACAAGAAGAAGAAUUGCGCCUGUGGUGCGCCGAAAGAGGUCAGAAUCUCUGAUCCCGCUUCCUCGAUGUCCGAAAGAAACCAAUCUUUGUUACAAGAAGAAGAAUUGCGCCUGUGGUGCGCCGAAAGAGGUCAGAAUCUCUGA